AUGAGCGAUCCGUUCUACCUCGCCGAUAUUCUACUGGGCCGCGUGGGCGUACUACGCUCCACGGCUGAAAGCAUCAUCUUGGAACUAUGCGAGGCGAAAACCAAACUAGAACCCGGUCAUGCUUCAGAUAAUGCACUUCGCCUUUCCAUUAAGAAUAAACUAGAGCGUGUACAGACCAAUCUAAAGCUUUUACGCAAGCUCGUGCCCGAAUUUGACGGCAAGACAAAGCCCAUUGAAAGCGUCAAUCAGACGCACCGCAAUCUCCUGCUCGAGUAUCACUGGAAAAAUCAAGUGCAGGACAUGGGCUGCAAGGCACAGACCGUGUAUUUGAAGCAACUAUGCAGUACAUUCCCCCGUCUUGAGAUGCUGAGCGAUGUACGUUGUCCGCCCACCCCUUGCAGUCUCUUCGUGCCCAAGUCACACAAGCGCAGUCGGGUGUUUGAUCCCUUUGGAGAGAAGCAGCCGGCCACGCUUAACGAGAUGAUGGACUAUAUGAUGGCUAAGAAUCGCAAGCUCAAGUUUUUUAAACACGCUGAGACUACGCGAGGCGGUCGUCGAGUUAUCAAGUCCAUUAAGUGCGAAAUAAAUAAGGAGAUGACGGUGCAUCUGUCGUUCUGUCCACCAAUUCCGGAAAAUGGGCCGAAUGGUGAGACUGGUGUGGCUGCAAGUCCCAUGACACCGUCUACGCCAACAUCCCCAGCCUUUGGAGGGGGACGUCUGCGUAGCACUCGCAACAAGCACAAGAAAUUGCAGCAGCAGCAGCUUGUGAAGAAGAAGAAAGGUGAUAUGCUUACGAAAGCCAAGCUUGCCGCCGAGGAAGCCACCAAGAUGGAGAUGGAGGAGCUUAAGCAACGUAUUACCGAGGCGCGCGAGGCAAGCAAAGAGCAGGAGCAGGCUCGAGCUGCAGGUAUACAAGUUACCAAGUACAUUCAGCGGCUGUCCAUCUUUCCGUACAACGAAGACACCCCUCUUGGUGCAUGGUCGGAGUCAUCACACAACCUGUUUCGUCUCGUCACACUCCACGGCCGUAAAGCUUUGGACCAUUUUCGCAAGCAGCACCCCGAAACGUGCUUCUACCACCUUUUCACGUGGCUCGGCUUCUACGACAAAAUUUACCAGACACCAUGCUCGUUUUGCAAGAAGCUACUUACCAAAGAGAGUGAAGAGUGGGCCUAUGUACCUCCGUCCUUCCGUGACUACGCAAACGGACAAGCUUUUCACUCCAAAUGUCUACCCAUCGAGUUAACGGAACGUUAA